GCGAUCAUCUCGACGUUUAUAUAUACCUUCCUCACUACUCCGUCUUGUGUCCAUCUAAUCCACUACCGAGAAAAUCGAGUUUCUAUAAUUGUUAUUAUCACAGCAGUCAACCACUUUCAUUCGAUCCAACAUAUUAUAUAUCAUCAGUUUGUCGCAGUUGCCAUGUGCACGGCGCUUAACCAGAGAUAGCAUCAGGUUUGUCGCCACUAGCCUGUGAGACCGGGUCUUGUUCCCGACGGUGUCGCAAUACACUACACUCUAGUCACUCGUUCAUAUUUCACUAUGUUACUCCCACUUCAUAUUCCCGUUCCUCUCCGACCUUCCCCAAGAGACAAUUCCCUCAUCUAUGAGAAAUUGAUGCCCAGAGAUGGAGGUGCGCCUCCAUCAAAUACAAUAUUCAUUGUUGUUGGAAUCAUUGCUGCCGUACUAGUGUUUAUUAUCUUGGUGUAUUGCUUCACGCGCUAUAAGUUGAGGGGAGGUUCAAAACGCGGCAAAUACAAGCAAACUCCCGACGUCGAAUCUACCGACUCUCGCAGUGGGAGAAGACGAGAUGGCCUAUCGGCUUCCAACGCCUCGGGGACGGAAGGCAAUCGGAAUAGUGCGGUGUCCCAAAUAGAUAGGAAUACGUCCAUUCGAUCCAUCAUGACCCUUCCAGCGUACCGAACAAAGGCGAAUGAAAACGAGCAAGUCAUAGGCCGCGAAGGAGAGCGCGAUGGGGUCGACGUCGUUGUAGAGUGUCCCACUGACGAGGACUUGGAGAACAUGCGAGAGGAAGAGAUGGAGACCCUAUUUCAAAUACGAUUAGCAAGGAGAACGCAGCGCACUGAGCGGGAAGAACGACACCGAUUGACUACCGAGGCAAGGGCUCGCGGAGAUUCGGUGGCAUUGAGCGAGCUACGAGCCCAGAGGCGAGCCGCGCACGAAGACACUACUGUGGAGGAGUUGCGUGAUACAUACGGGCAGGCCAAGGACCGACGGCAACGUGCAGUCUCUAGCGUGAGUUAUCACGAGCUCGGUGUAGCUCAGCUUAAUGGUACGAGGGUCCGCGCAGGCAGUCAUGGUAGCGAGGGAGUAGGAUUGUUGUCAGACGCCGCCAGCAUCGCCGUAUCGACGCGAUCCCCUUCCGCACAAUCACAUCGUCGCGACCGAAGCGCUAGUUCCGUCUUAAGUCUCGAUAGUGAUUUUCCGUCUCCGGGGUUAAGGUCUGCGACAUCGACGCCUAGGCCAGGAAGCAAUCAUACUCGCGCCGGUUCAAGCCCAGAAAUAAUCACUGAGGCUGACUUAGGUGAUUCUGACAUGCCUCCUCCAGACUAUGAAGAUGUUAGUUUGGACGAUGUUAGAUCAGGAGCUACGACUCCGAUGUUUAACGAACCUCCCCCUGUCUACACGGACCCAGCAAGCGGACGUGAACGAAGAUUGAGCGCACAGACCGAAGACAUGGUAGAGAGGGUAAUAGAGGGCGGUGACCUUUCAACCACAACCACAAAUGAUUCGCAUGAUGAACACUCAACAAAGAGGACCCCGAGAGGAGUAGGCGGAGCUCCGCAGUUGCCCAGCUUGCGAAUUGGAAGAUUACCACAAAUUGUUAUCGAACCUUCGACUGCGCAUCCCAACGAAUCGAGCCAUUAAGCACAUACUUUUUCUAACCCCCAGACAAGGAGGACCCAUAUAAUUGCAUGUGCCUCUUGCUAAGAGCGGCGCAAA